AUGGGCGAGCACCAUGGGCACGCCAUGUUGCUAGCAAGCUCGAGGACGACGAGGACGACAUGUCUACGCCUGCGCGGAGAAGAACGCGACGCCGGCGCGAAGGGGGCCGCGGAGAAGGACCGCCGACUACAACUCGCCGCUGGCGGCCGCGCGAGCGACACAGCUGCGGCGGAGCGUCCGCCGCUGCCGAGGAGGAGGUUGAGAGGCAAAAUACUCAGGCCCUUCAAUUGGUCAACGAGAGCUCGCGAGAGGAAAAAAUCCCAUCAACCGCUCGAGCCUCCUCCUUCCCUGUGCCGCCACCGGCCCGAUUUCGGCCGAUUCGUCCAGUCUGAGCUCGACCCGCCGCCUCGCCGCCGUCCGUCCCCGCCCAAUCCCGACCCGAUCGGCCGCCGCCCGAGCCGCCCCGCCUCCGCCCGGCCAUCCUCAUCCCGCCGGUGCCGCGCUCGUCCACCGGCGGUCGAGCUGCCCGCCUCGCCUCGCCGCGUCGUGCCGCCCUCGUCCAUCGGCUACCACAGCGCGCGGCUCCGCCCCUCCGACCGGUGGGCCGCCGAGAUCACGCGCGACGGCCAACGCUUUUGGCUCGGGACUUUCGAGUCGGCGGACCUCGCCGCCCGCGCGUACGACGUCAUGGUCUGGCGUUUUGAUGGCGCCGUCGGGCCGCUCAACUUCUUCGACAUCGACAGCCUCGCGAAGGCGGAGUUUGUGGCACCGGUGUUCAACGUCCUUACACACGCCGAGGAGUGCGCCGUCUGCUGGGAAUACAUGCCGCGAUGA